AUGCUCCCGGACCGAUACGUUGCAUCGCUACGAUCAACGACGAAAGCGACAGCUUCAUCGGCGGCUUCGCUGGGCUAUAAUCAGACCGUGACGCCCAAUAUCAUGCUGGUCGAGGGAAGCUUCAUCGUCGGAGCCAGCGACGAUAUCCGGCACGUUGAUCUAUACACGCGGCAGGUAGCAGAACAUGCGCGCCGGGUCCGUAUUCCGGAGCGCGUCCGGCGUGGUGAGCAACCGAGAGACGUUCGAUGGCUGGACUAUUGGCAGCAGCGUCGAACCGCGCCUUUGCUCGAUAAGGUCUCGGCCCGGCUCGAGUAUCGCCAUGGCGAUCUGGGAAGCAACGGUCAGGAAGUUCGACCGGCACCGUGUUCUCGCUGGCGUGGGAUACCAUUUCUAACGAACUCCAUCGUUGCAACCAAGGGGAUACGCCUCUCCGGGCGGUCAUCGAGACGCAUCUUCUGGACAACCUCAGCAGCCCGUCAGCUCGAGGACAGAAUGAACACCGCCAGACCGCUGGAUGCGUCGGCCUUUCUCCCCAGUGGUGUUUCGAGAUGGAGAGGUCGUGCGAGAUGGGCGGCGCUUCGUGCUCAUCUACCCCGUCGCCGACCGGAGACGAACCGUUUGAGGAUCGCACUGCGCGGACCUGUGGUUGAAAAGCCAAUCGUGAAAACGAUGGCGAAGCUCGCGCCGACCUUGAGAAGGUGUUCCCGCACCGAACAUGCCUUUAUGCACCCCAGACGGCGGCUGCCGAGACGCAACAAGAAGCCUCCAGUUUCUGGCUGCCCGACUACUCGUAUCGAACCGCCGGCAGCCUGGGUCAGCCCGCUCUGA